CAAUCAUUUUACUACUAUAAUGCCUCAUCUGUUUUGCCAGUCACAUUCUUUGCUUCCUUAAGUACCAAGCAUUCAGAUGCCUUGCUUCAAUAACUCAGCUCUUUCUGUCAUUCACUUCUCUUAUAAAGGACCAAAAUUUUAAGGCAACCCUUGACAUGUGUAUGUACUUAACUGGCACUGCUCAGUAGUUUCUUAGAGGAGUGGCAUUGUCGCAUUCACCGAAAAGGAUUCGCAUCAGUGAGGCCAGGAACUUACCUAUGGCAUUGUUGAAGCAAAUUACUGAAAGAAUACUAGUCAUAUGGGCUCUGAUUACUAGCUGGUCGAAGUAUCAAAGAAACCGUGAAGGAAAUAUGGAACUUCUGAACAGAUUGUUAGAAGAGCUAGAUAGCCAAACUGCAGAUAUAGAGCAAAAGCUAGACGCUGAGCCUCCUCAUCCAAUCGAAAGACAAGAAGAUGAAGUCUAUGUGUGGUUGGAAAAUGUGGAAAGGAUCAAAACUGAAGUGCAAACCAUUUACCAAAUCGCUGAAAGGAACUAUCUCUCACGGGAACAUUUCGGGAAGCUUGUUAAUGAAAAAGUUGUAGAGGUUAAGGAGUUGCUCCAGGAAGGAAAAUUGUACACUGGGAUUUCCGAGGAGAAGAGUUUCAAGUACUUGAUCAUUGGUGGUGGAGUUGCAGCUGGAUAUGCAGCCAGGGAGUUUGUCAAACAAGGGCUCAAGCCAGGUGAGUUAGCAAUCAUAUCAAAAGAAGCAGUGGCGCCUUAUGAACGUCCUGCGCUUAGUAAGGCCUACCUGUUUCCUGAGGGAGCUGUAAGACUUCCAGGGUUCAAUGUCUGCGUUGGAAGUGGAGGUGAGAGGCUGCUACCUGAGUGGUAUGUGGAGAAAGGUAUUGAAUUAAUUCUUAGUACAGAAAUUAUCAAAGCAGAUCUUGAUUCGAAGAUACUCACCAGUGCAGCUGGGAUGAAAUAUAGUUAUGAUAUUUUGAUAAUUGCAACUGGUUCCAGAGCACUAAGGUUGACAGAGUUUGGAGUACACGGAGCUGAUGCAAAGAACAUUUUCUACUUGAGAGAAAUCAGUGAUGCUGAUAAGCUUGUAGAAGAAAUUAGAGCCAAGAAAAAGGGAAAGGUAGUAGUUGUUGGAGGAGGAUACAUUGGUCUUGAAGUUGGAGCUGCUAUGAGAAUCAACCAGUUUGAUGUUACCAUAGUUUAUCGCGAACAAUUGUUCAUGGCACGGCUUUUCACUCGAGAGAUAGCUGCUUUCUAUGAGGCUUACUAUGAAAACAAAGGAAUCAAACUCAUCAAAGGUACAGCUGCUGUUGCCUUUGAUUCUGGUGCCAAUGGAGAGGUAAAAGCAGUCAAACUCAAGGAUGGUAGGGUGCUUGAAGCUGACAUUGUUGUUGCUGGUGUUGGUGCAAAACCUCUCAUUGAGUUAUUUGAAGGGCAGCUUGAUAAAGCUAAAGAUGGAAUCAAAACUGAUGGAUUCUUUGAAACAGAUGAUCCCGACGUAUAUGCAGUAGGCGAUGUGGCUACUUUCCCUAUAAAGUUGUACGAUGACAUGAGAAGAGUUGAGCAUGUUGACCAUGCUAGGAAAUCAGCAGAGCAAGCGGUAAAAGUUAUCAAGGCAAGUGAAGAAAAUAGAUCUAUUCCAGAGUAUGAUUGUCUUCCAUACUUCUAUUCGCGCGUAUUCAAUCUUUCGUGGUCGUUUUAUGGAGACAAUGUGGGCAAUCCUGUGCUAUUUGGAGACAACAAUCCGGCAUCAGCGAAACCAAAGUUUGGAACAGCAUGGAUUAAGAAUGGGAAGAUUGUGGGAGUUUUCUUAGAGGGAGGGACAGCUGAAGAAAACAAGGCUAUUGCCCAAAUUGCAAGGGUCCAACCGCCAGCUGAGAAGUAUUUGGAUCAGCUGAGAAAGGGUGAUUAUUUCUUUGCUUGAAAGAUGGUUAAGAACCCUUCCCACUUAUAAACUGAAACUCUGCAAAGUACCCUGUAUAAACUAAAUUGAUGCAUGAUUUGUGUUUUUGUUUUGUUUCUGCUGUAAAAGUUAAUGUGUGCUCUCGAUUAUGGUUGUCUUUGCUUGUCUAUAGUAUUCAUUUGAUUGCUAAUAA